UCCCUCUCUCUCUCUCUCUCUCUCUCUCUCUCUCUCAGUGACGUCGUUUCGAGAUUGACAGCAAGCAAAGCAAACAACGAACUGGCCAUGGACGUGAUCUCCAGGAGCGCGACGACGUCGUCGAAUCUGAAUCCCAACGCUCCGAUGUUCGUGCCGCUAGCGUAUCGGACGGUGGAGGACUUCUCCGCCGAAUGGUGGGCCCUGGUUCAGUCCUCCCCUUGGUUCCAAGACUACUGGCUUCAGGAGCGCUUCCAAGAUCCCCAAAACGACGCCGCCUUUCCCGAUAUUCUCGAUCCUGACCUCCUCCCCGACAUCGACGCCUUCUUCGACGACGUCGAGAACCACCACCACUCCCCCAGCACUCAGCCGGCGGUGGAGGAACAAGAGAAGGACUUGAAGAAAGAGCUGGCGUCGUUGGGAUUGCUGAAAUGGCGGAAGGGCCGACCCGCGGCGGAGGCGCCGAGGUACAUCGAAAAGGCUCCGAAGAUUGUCAACGUGAAAGUGAGUCCGAGGCCGAUUCAGCAGCCGCGGUAGACCGAUUCGGUCGGCUCUGGAUCACCGAGUUUGAUGUAGCCUUUUUUUUCGUAGAUAAAGCAUGUAUCCAGCUUUCACUGUCUGUUCACUUACAUGUGUUCUACCGCUUGUAACUUUGAUUUGAGCAAUAAAUUAAAUCUAAUUAGCGACUAA